AUGAGCCCAAUAUUGAUCGGAUUUUUUGGAAUCAUGGCUGGUGCUAUAAAUAUUGCAAUAUGCCAGUGUAUAUUUGUGUUACGGGAAUGCUUGUUAAGGCAUAGAAGAACAAAUAUUGCGAAUCAAAGCCAAACUAUGAGCAAUAUUGGACAAGAACAUGCCUCGAGUGCCACCAGCCUGAGCAAUUCAACAAUGCAAUUCAUCAUUACUUCGACUCACACUAGAGAAUCCGGACAUGAUGUUUGUGCUGUGUGUUUGAACGAAUUUGAGGAAGGCGAUGGAGUUAGAGUAUUGCCAAAAUGUACACAUACAUUUCAUAUAUCAUGUAUCGACAAGUGGUUGGAUAGUCAUCGUAAUUGUCCCCUUUGUCGUGCGGAUAUUAUGCUUCCGUCAGAUCAUCUCGUAAUUACAUUGCCAGAUUCCGGUGGUGCACCACCAGAGCUUUAA